UGAUCCUAUCGCCGAUAUGCUGACCCGCAUUCGUAACGGUCAGAUGGCAAAUAAGGCACAGGUUGCUUUCCCUGCUUCCAAGCAGAAGAACGCUAUCCUAGAAGUAUUACAGAGCGAAGGUUAUGUCGCCAGUUUUGAAACAGGUACUGUCGAAGGCAAGCCUGUUACGACAGUCAAGCUGAAAUAUUUUCAGGGUAAACCAGUCAUCAGCAAAGUGAAGCGCGUUAGCCGUCCCGGUCUGCGUAUCUUCCGUGGUACAGAUGAACUGCCAACAGUUAUGGGUGGUUACGGUAUAGCUAUCGUUUCUACUUCCAAAGGCGUCAUGAGUGACCGCGCAGCCCGUGCUUCUGGCCAGGGUGGCGAAGCGGGCUUUGAAAUGUCUAGAAUUGCAAAGAAAGCGCUGACUCUGCCGAAAGGCGUGGAAGUCAGCAUUAGUGGUCAAAGCCUCAAAGUCAAAGGAAGCAAAGGCUCUUUUGAUUUUGUAGUACAUGACGCUGUAGAAGUUUCACAAGAAGACAAUGUACUGAAGUUCAAAGCCAAGCGUGACGGCGACUCUGCUGGUUGGGCGUUGGCUGGUACUACUCGUGCAUUGGCAAACAACAUGGUUAUUGGUGUUAGCCAAGGAUUUGAGAAAAAAUUGCAACUGGUU